AUGAAGAAAUGUCUUCUACUAGUGAGUCUGUAUCUGCUUGGAUCUGCCAGAGGAGCAUCAGGUCAAUCUGAUGAGCUUCCUGGCUAUCUGGAUCAUCAAGCUUCAGUUCAGCAACCUUCAGGUGACUACUUUUCACUUGAAAACCCUUCAGAUGGUGAGGCUUUAUAUGAGACUUCUUCAGGCGAGAACACUUUGAGUGAGCAUGGUUCAAGUGAGCACACUGUGGUUGAACACGCUUCAAGUGAGCAUGCUGCAGGUGGGCAUGCUGCAGGUGAACACGCUUCCAGUGAACAACCUUCUGGUGAACAGCCUUCGGGUGAAAAGACUUCUGGUGAACGGCCUGCAGGUGAACAGCCUUCAGGCAUCCCGCCUUCAAGCACAAUUUCAGGCCCAGUAUUAAAUUGCCACACAUGCUCUUAUAUGAAUGACCAAGGAAUAUGUCUUCAAGGAGAGGGAGUCUGUUCCACUCAGAAUUCCCAGCAGUGCAUGUUAAAGAAGAUCUUUGAAGGUGGAAAACUUCAAUUCAUUGUCCAGGGCUGUGAAAGCAUGUGCCCAUCCAUGAACCAAUUAUCCCGUGGAACCAGGAUGCAAGUUAUAUGCUGUCGGAAUCAAUCUUUCUGCAACAAGGUCUAGAAGCCUGUGCCCUUGCUUCCUGCUCUGAGUCAGGCAGCAAAAGUCCUCCAUCACCCUACUGAACUCAAUUUAUAUUUAGUUUCUUCCCCAGUCAAAAACUAAUCACAUCUUCCUCUGCCUGACUAUCAGACAGGAAGCUCAAAUAUCUUUCCUCUCCUAUCCAUGCCCUGUUACACAUUCUUCUCUGGCUUCCAACUUCCCUAUCCCCUUACCCCAUCUCUCAACAUUCUUUUCUUUUUCAAUAAAUUCCACAUGAUUAAAGAAUAUAGACUCCAGACAGAGUCUUUUCCCAUCAACCAGGAGCAGGGUCACUCUGAGCUUCCUUCUGCUCCACACAAUAAAGUAGAUCCAUUUUAUUUCUUUAUUUUUCCUUUUUCUUUUGAAUUUUAUUUUAUUUAUUUUUUUAUACAGCAGGUUCUUAUUAGUCAUC